GGUAGCUGCGGCUGGCGGUCAGCGCUGGGGUUCGGGGUGCGAGCGUCUUCGAGUGCGUCCCCUUCCGCGAGGCCGCCGGUAGCUUCCCGCCGCCGGCUGGGUGCGGCCCUUUCCGCGGCCCCGCCAUGGAUCUCUUCGGGGACCUGCGGCGAAUGAACAAGCGGCAGCUGUAUUACCAAGUCUUAAAUUUUGCUAUGAUAGUGUCUUCUGCCCUUAUGAUAUGGAAAGGGCUGAUCGUCAUUACUGGAAGUGAAAGUCCUAUUGUUGUGGUGCUCAGUGGCAGCAUGGAACCAGCUUUUCACAGAGGAGACCUGUUGUUCUUAACAAAUUUCCAUGAUGACCCAAUCAGAGCUGGUGAAAUAGUUGUUUUUAAAGUUGAAGGCAGAGACAUUCCAAUAGUUCACAGAGUAAUCAAAAUACAUGAAAAAGAAAAUGGGAACAUCAAAUUUCUGACUAAAGGUGAUAAUAAUGAAGUUGAUGAUAGAGGCUUGUACAAAGAAGGUCAGAACUGGUUAGAGAAGAAAGAUGUUGUUGGAAGAGCAAGAGGAUUUUUGCCUUAUGUUGGUAUGGUAACUAUAAUAAUGAAUGACUAUCCAAAAUUUAAGUACGCUCUUCUGGCAGUAAUGGGAGCAUAUGUACUGCUGAAACGUGAAUCCUAAAAAAAAAGAAUCACUUUUCCAAGAACAAAGUACAAAGUAAAAUUGCGGGGGGGGGGGGGAACUAAUAUAUUUCAGAUGUUUUCAUUUCUGUACACAGUUACAAAACUGUGCAAGCUUUUGUCUUGUCUAAAUAAACUGUACAACUAAUAAGUAAAACUUUUGGCUGUUGGUUAAUUAUGUAAUUGCAUAUUUACUGUCUAAAAUAGCUGCUGCUUUCAGUUAGCCUUUCUCUUGUUUGGAAGACACUGACUGUCAUGUGCUAAAGCAGCUUAUGGCACUUCUUGACAUGCUGUGUUGUUUUUUCCUAAGUGGUACUGCAUCUGAACCUAUUUCUUCCCUCCAAUUUUUUUUUUUCUUGAUUAUUUUUAAUCUCUUGUCAGCACCCUCACUUUUCACGAUCAUGCAAACUGUUUUUAUCAGUACUUGUAAGGACACAGCAUGUGGGUUGGAACAGGUAGUGAGUUGUGGGAGUUCAGUCAGACUUAUGCCUAAAGAAAGUUGUCUAGAUAUGGCUGACAGAAAUAGACAAGAAAGGGUCUUUCAUUCUGAUUAAGAGCUAAGAAAUGGAAACUUGAAGCUUUUUCCCUGCAUUUGAAACUUGCCCUUUUGUGGUAUAGGGACAAAAAAACUGACAGCCUGAUUUUUAGGGACUGUGUAUGUUUCUAGAAUUCAGGUUGUUAACCAUUCUGCCUUUAUGUUCCUAGCUAUAAAACAAAC